AUUAGUGGUACGACCAAAGUUUUACUUCUCCCUAGUGACGUCACAGAUAAAAUGGCAGCGUCCUGUGUUUCAAGAUUUCGUGCCGGCAGAAAAGCUACAGAUUUGGCUUGUUUGGUUCUAAAACGUGAUGUUCACCAAACAGCUUCUAAAGGGGCUGUGACAGAGCAAGUAUCUAAACCAGAUGGUAAACACGUGGUGACCCUGGUGCCAGGGGAUGGUGUAGGACCGGAGAUGAUGGCCAGUCUGCAGGAAGUAUUUAAAACAGCAGGAGCUCCUGUAGAAUUUGAGGAAUAUUUCUUAAGUGAAGUACAUUCAUCACAGAGUGCUAGCUAUGAGACAGUGUUAGAAUCAUUCAGACGGAAUGGAGUUGGUUUGAAAGGCAUCAUAUCUUCACCCCACACAUUCAAAGGCACAGAGUUGCAAACACUUAACAUGAAAAUUAGGAGAGAUUUAGAUUUGUAUGCCAAUGUUGUAUUAGUGAAAAGUUUACCUGGAUAUCAGACACGACAUAAUAACCUGGACUUUGUAAUCAUCCGUGAACAAACAGAAGGAGAAUACAGUGCAUUGGAGCAUGAGAGUGUACCAGGAGUUGUAGAAUCUCUAAAGAUUAUAACACAUGCCAAGUCUAAAAGGAUAGCCAAGUUUGCAUUUGAUUAUGCUCUGAGACAUGACAGGAAAAAAGUUACAGCUGUACACAAAGCAAAUAUUAUGAAACUUGCUGAUGGUUUAUUCUUGAAGUCAUGUGAAGAAGUAGCACAGUAUUAUCCAACAAUAAAGUUUGAAACAAUGAUCAUUGACAACUGUUGUAUGCAGUUGGUUUCAAACCCACACCAGUUUGAUGUUAUGGUUAUGCCAAACCUGUAUGGAAAUAUAAUAGAUAAUUUGGCAGCUGGCCUUGUUGGUGGUGCAGGAGUCGUACCUGGAGAAAGUUAUAGUGAUGAUACUGCAAUAUUUGAACAGGGAGCAAGACAUUCGUUUGCUACUGCUGUUGGAAAGAACAUUGCAAACCCCACGGCUGUAUUGUUUGCUGGAUGUAAUAUGUUAAGACACUUGUGUCUAGAUUAUCAUGCAAAACUCAUAGAGGAUGCUGUACAGAAAGUGGUCAAAGCGGGAAAGGUGAGAACGCAUGACAUGGGAGGCUAUGCUACCACAGCAGAAUUUACAAAUGCUGUUGUAAACUCUCUUUAGGUGACGACAUGAUUCAUUUUGUCUGUGAUUCUAUAUCAGCUUAAACAACAAUACAAGGAAUUCAGAGUGAAGGGUGAUAUGGCCAGACAACAACAAGUUGAUCCAACAUAUUUGGAGAAAAGAUUAAUACAGACAUUUUAUAUUCAUAUCUUAUUGGAAACACAUUUUGCUUAUUUAAAGAAAGUACAAAAGAAGGUAUAUAUUUUCGCUGAGGAUUCUGUUACAUGAAUUCUAGUUAGGUGUAUAGUUCUAAACUCGUUACAGAAUUGUUAUAACUCAAGAAACAAAGUAUAUUGAGAUUACAUUGGAGUCAGGUGCAUGCAUUGAUCCAGGCAUCAUUCUGUUCUGGAAUCAUGUCUUUAAAACCAUAAAUCACUACUCAUUGAUGUUCAUCAUCAUUAUGCAAUGAGAUACAUACAUGAUCAAUGCCACUAGGUUAAAGGUCAAAGUGGUAUUUGAAGGUAAGAUGUCUUUAUGGUGGUUAUGAUUUAUCUAAACCACUUGAAUCAGUUGUUCAUCUUCAAGGUCACUAGGUUCAAGGUCACACUUGGGAGGCCAAAGGUCACAUUAUUUGUUGAUCAGUAUCUUCUAAACAGCUGGAAAGAUUUUUGUAACACUAUCAUUGUCUAUCUGAUGAAGACAACAUACAGCAUGAUUACCUUGUGUUAUUAAUCACCUUCAGUGAUAGUUCUAGUUAGUUUAUGUUCAAGUGAUUAGUGUUGGUUGCGAAAACAAAUAAGUCUACAACGUUUCAAUGCUAUUUAAAAAUGAAAAUGUUCAAGAAAGAACAGUCAGUUCAGCCGUAAAUUAUCUCUGAUCAUUUGUCAUCUUGCUGUAUUCCUGCACAAGAUUCUGGGAAGUGUUCACUAGCAACAUCCCUGUAUAUUUGCUUUACAAAAAUCUAAAAAUUACUCUUCUUCUUUGUGUUCGUAGGAUAAUGUGUGUUCAGUUUGAACGCCAAGAAUCUCAGAAUUGUACAGAGUGAAUGUUUCAGUCUUAUAUAAAAGAAAUCUUAAUAGCCAUUAUGAAUAUGUCUGACAUCAUUAACAAACUUAUGUUUGCUUUCUGAAGGAAAAUUCUUACUAAGAAUUGGAUAUAUUUAGUUGGUUUUUUUUUUUUGCAUCAAACAGUUACAUGUAUUGUUAUAUGUUCAUUUUUACAGUUUGCAUGCAACAAAUAUGCAUGUUUAUUAUAAGUAGCCAAGUUUUUUUAAAUAUAGAUGCAACUCUUGUUAAAUAGAAUGCAACAAUUUCAGACACAGUAUACAGUUUUGGAGCUGUUACCUGUUUCGUGUGGCUGUCUCUUAUAUAAAUUUUAAACAGUUUCUAUUAUUGGUUGAAGUAAAGUCAUAUUUAUUAAAACAGGUUCAUACUGGUACAUUGUGAAAGAAGAUUUUGAUAACAGCCUAUUGGCAAUUUUUUUAUUCAUACCCAAGUGAAGUACAGUAACUAAUUUGACAGCAGUGAAACAGCUGAGGGACAAAAAUCAACAUUCUGUUGGCAGCGUCCACAAAAGUUGUCUGCUCUUCAACUACAAAAGCUGUUCUUAUCUAAUCACCAAAUUUGGUGACUACUUUUAUGGGCAUAAUAUAACAGCCAAGUUUGAUAACCUGCCAGAUCGUUCAGUGACUGGAGUUAUGGCCCUUGAGUUGACAGUGUCGACUCUCUAAUUUGAGGAGAUCUUAUCCUAUUUUCACAAAACCUGGUCACAGUGUUUAUGGGCUUAUCUCACAGUGGCUUUUAAGUUAUGACCAUUGAAUUACUUAAUAUUAUGAAAUAUUGCUUUUGUCCAAGUUCAAUAACCAGCUUGUUAGCUUUUUAUUGCUUGGGAGUUAUGACCCUUGAAUUUGUCCAAAUUUAGAAAAUUGAAUACUUGUUUGCUUAUUUAUUAGAGUUUCAUAAAAUUCAAAAGUGAUUUUCUGUGACAGACUUCUGUUAUGCCAGUUUGACUAUUUUAUUUUCUGUUGUACCAGUAUAAGUGUGAUAAAAAAUGGUUUCAUUAAAGAAAUAUUUACUGCAAUACUGUACUUUCCUAUUAAAAAUGAGAAAUUUGUAUUUAUUAAAUUGACAUAUGGUGUUAUAUUUAAGAUGACUGUUCAUGAUUUGACUUCCAUUUCUGUUCCCUCACUUUUUAGUUGCAAUAUUGUCAGAUGUGCUACUUAAGAUGUUGAUAUUACGUAUUGUUGAUUUUUAGUAAAACUGUUGUUAAAAAG